AUGACAGUGGUACAUAUUGUUCUUUUCAAAUUCAAGCCGACUGUUUCGUUGGCACACAAGAACGCCUUCGUUACACAACUCAAGGCGCUCAAGAAGCUUCCCUGCGUCCUGGAUAAUCGAUUGAUCGUCGGGGGGCCGUCUAUAACUGAACCUAUCGAGCGAAGCAAGGGCUAUGAGUUCGCGUUAUUAAGCUUUCAUCAAGACCGCAAAGCUUUAGAAGAGUAUCAGGCAAGCUCAGAGCAUAAGCGAGUUACUAGUGAAUAUCUGUGGCCAUAUAAGGAGGACAUUACUCGGUUUGACUUUGAGGUUGCCGAAGAUGAUGAGUAUAUGUGUCGGUUUGUCACGAAAGGCUUGAUGUAA